UUCCAGCAGCUGCAUCUGCGUCAAGUCGGACUGAACAACACCGGAAGUUACACGAUUUUUCACAACCAAAAUUAAUGUAUCGCGGUUACUCGACCGAGAGUGAGACUUGCAGUCAUCGAGAAGGAGCUUUAUUUUGAAAGUUUGAACGACUGUUUCUGUUUUUCGUUGAUGGUGCCUUUACGUAAAUGUGACCGCUCUUCGGCUCGGGAGGUUUUGAGAGCGGAGUGCAGCACGCUCCCAAGUUUGCUGAAAGGUUCUAACUGACUUGAAGGUGACUGUUUGUGUUUCCUCCCUUUUCCAAUUAGCGUCCAUCUUUCUUCUACGUUUUGAUGACAAGCGCGUAACGUUAUCCUACCUCCACGCGCGGUUGGUUGACCGGGGUCCGCCGCUGUCAAACUUUGACAUGGAUUAGUCGCAGAGACGACGGAUGGACUGAAAAGUUUGGGAAUUUUUCCAUCAUUCGCCGGGAAGCUACGACUAAACAGACGCACUGCAACUCCCUUUUUAAACAAGUUGCCAUUAACCUGUUUAGGUAAAGACAUGCAAAAGUUCAAUUCCGCCGGUACCCACAGCAGCACGCUGCCCCGGGACGCGGAGCUCCAGCUGCGGUUAGCUGACAGCGGAGGCGCAGGGGAAGGGAAGGAGAACGGCGCCGGGAAGCAUUUCCUCGCUCAACCUGAGGAAAGCUCGUUUUGCACCAAGAGGAAGAUGCUUGUCGGUUUGGAUGUAAUAUGUCUUUGUGUCGCCUCCAUCCCAUUCUUUGCGUGUGAGCUGAAGGCUGUGACUCCGUACAGGCGAGGCUUCUUUUGUGGAGACUCCAGCAUCACCUAUCCCUACGUGGAGAGCGAAGCCAUACCUGACAGCCUGCUCAUUGCUGGCGGUAUAGCCAUCACUGGCCUAACGAUUGCCCUGGGUGAGUGCUACCGGGUGCGUUUCCGAGGCGUACACUCGCGGGCUUUUGUUCGAAACCUCUAUGUGUCGUGCCUGUACAAAGAGUUGGGGAGCUUCCUGUUUGGUUGCUGUGUGGGUCAGUCUCUCACCAAUAUGGCCAAGCUAAGUGUGGGACGCCUGCGACCCAACUUCCUGUCUGUCUGCAACAUCACCUACGCGUCCAUCAACUGCACGCCGGGCAGCUACGUGUCCCAGGUCACCUGCAGGCAGCCUAAUCAGAAGAUGGUGGAGGAAGCAAGGAAGUCUUUUUUUUCCGGCCAUGCUUCCUUCGCAAUGUACACCAUGCUGUAUCUGGCAUUCUACCUGCAGGCGCGGUUGUCGUGGCGAGGAGCUCGGCUGUUGCGUCCACUAAUACAGUUCCUCUUAGUGAUGAUCGCCAUCUACACUGGCCUGACCCGCAUUUCCGACUACCGUCACCACCCCUCUGACGUCCUCACAGGGUUCAUCCAAGGAGGGCUCACUGCAUACUGGGUGGCUUUCUACAUCUCCUCCAUGUUUAAGCCCUGCGCCCGUCCAGACCUGUCUCCCACUAGCAUGUCCCUGGAGAGUCCACUGUCCAGCCAGCAAACUGUCUGUUAGCAGACACAUGCAGUCGUUCCAGGAGUCAGAAGAUAAGAGAUGAUGGACUGCAGAAAGACAGGGAGAAUGUCAGAUAGCACAGGAGAGGAGUAGAGGGAGGAGAGAAACUUAAGUCUUUAAGAAAGGGAAUCAGUCUGAGAGAAGGGUGUGAUUAAAGAGUACAAUCUAACACAUGCUUGCUCUUUCGGGCAUACUGAUACACACACACUCACAGAGUAAUCUAAUGCUCAUGCUCACACUCUCACACAUGUGAAAUACAAGAAGCACAUUUGACUGUAAGUCAGACCCGUCCAGUGAAAAGAACUGCAUAGUAAUAUUUUUUUAUAUAUGAAAAAAAAUAAAAAUGUAUAUUUUUCAAGAGGAUUUUUAGAAGCUGCUAAUGUUGAUAGUUUCCAGUUUGAACUCGUUUUCUUCUGUGAUGGAGACUUUUGGUCAGUGCAUUUAGUCAGCUUUCAAAGCAGAACUGCUCACUCUUUGGUCUUGGGUGAGUGGGGCCUCGUCUUUGGUUUUGAUCCUCCGCUCCACUUGGAAAACAGCGCCCAGCAGCUGUGAACUGAGACCAUCAGACCUCAGAUGUAAAGACAGCUCUGUACCAAGCGACAGAGCUGCCAGUGAUAAGGAACAAGCACUGGCUACGACUUCUAACCGUCUUUACCUUCAGCGGCCUCAUGUGCCGCUGCUCAGACUGCCCUACAUUACUAUGACUAAACAAUAACUUGUACGUAAGCAGAGAGAAGAAAAAACAGUAUUCAUGCUGUAAUACAAUGUUAUCUUUCUAUUUGUGUAACCAAGGUAGUGAUGGAGAGAAAUCUGACCCUUUCCCAUCACUACCGCUUUUCUGUACUAACCACUUUGACUGUGUCUCAGAGGUGGAGGUUUGACUGAAUUUUGUAACCUUUGACUUUUGCCCCCGGACUCUCUGAGCUGCACCUUGAUUUAUGCCACUCUGACAGGAGAGCCGACGUGGCUGCGGCCCCAGCGGCCCUCCUGUGCAUCUUUAUUAAUAGCACUUGAACGUACAUAAUGGAACUUUCUAAUUAUAAUCAAUAUUAUAUAUUUUAUCACAAGUUUGAAUAAUCAGUGUUUAUUUUUGUUAAUGUCAGACUCAUACACUAUGUUUUUUCUUGAAAUGAUAAUUAUUCAAAUUGAAUGUAAAUAGCUAUUUCAUUUUAUAAACCACACAGAUUUCAAAAGUAUUAGUUCCAGUUUUGGACAGUUUUUACGUGUAUAUUAAGUGUUUGUAUUUACGUUUGUGUCGAUCAGGUACGGAGAGUUACUGUUGUAUCUGUUGUAACUACUAGACUGAGCCACAGAUAUUAUCAGAAAGCUAUAUUUUUUGUCUUCCCAGUUAUUGUUAUUUGUUUGUUUUGUCUGUGAACGCCAGUAAGGCAGAAAUAACCACUGUACUCAAAAAACCAAACCAAUAAAAUGAAUGUGGAAUGUU